CAUGAAAAGACUUUUCAUAGAUGCAACUGUCUGAUAUUAGUUGAUUUAGUAUCCAAGUCAACUGUUGUCACAACCAAGCAAAGGAGUUUAGAAUAAGCUUAAAUUGGAAAUAUGUUACGAAGGCUUAAAAUGGAAGACAGUCAGUAGAUAAUUAGAGGCUCUUCUCACCAUAAUUGGGAUACCUCUGAGGCUUUUUUUUUAGUUUAUGAAAUGCACAUAGAUCUUCGUUUCUUGGUACUGAAAGUUUCCAAGUUACAGAGAAACUUACAGAACAUUCAGGGGAUGUAUAUAUUUCUUUAAUGUAUUUAGCACAAAUAUAUUAAAUCUCUGUUUGUUGCUGUUAAAUGAGUAAGAAAAGUUGUUUAUUUUUUUCUCCAGAUCUUAUAUAAUGGCAAAGUUACAGGGAUUUAAAAGUAAUUUCUGGGCCCAUAAGCCUACUUAGAGGAUGAUGUAAAAUAAAAAAAGUAGAUUUAUGACCCUGAUAAUGUUAGAUAUACAGAAAUGAACCAUAUGUUAGUAUGCUGGUUUUUCAUGAUAUGUGCAAUUUAAUCUUCACUGACAUUAGAAUAUUGUAGGAAAAUCAAGAUAAAGAACAAUAUGAACAUCAAAGGAUGAAAUCUGACAUAUAAUCCAGAUAUUUUCAAAGUAUAUGUUGCAUGCCCUAAAAAUUGCAAUGAAACAAUUUUUUAAUUAGACAUCUGUGCUCAAAAUUAGUGGCACUCCCACUAAUAUUUUAUUGUUCCUGUGUUUACAGGAUAUAUAUAAUGCUCUCUUUGGAUGUAAAUUCAUAAGGAAUGCAUUUUUCACAGAUCACUACACUUCUACUGAAGCAGAAUUCGCUUACAAAACUGUACUUAAAUGGCAGCACAGAAAAGGAAAUCUGUGCUGGUAGAAUCCUCUGCUAAGCGCCGGAAAUUGAAUAAAAGUAAUAAAUCAGUUUCUACUAGCAAAGAAAGAAAACUACAGGAUGCUAAAUGCAUAUCAAAUAAGAAAGCAGUGCCGAAGAAAGAAGUGCCCCAACACUCUGCCACAACUAACAGGUCAGCUGUCAAUAAGUUUAUAAAUAGAGCUUCUCUGCAAUCUUCCCAAAAUAAACAAGCGCAAAGGAACUCCAAACAGACUUUAAAUGAGUUAAAGAAGAAAACAUGUAAAAUGGUGUGCAUGAAAAGGACAUCCUUAACAUCUUUAGGUAAAUUAUGUCCUGCACAAACAUCUCUGAAAUCUUCCAAACUAAAGCAUGCUAAUUCUCUGAAUUUUUCAAAAUCUUCUUCCAAAAUCUGUUCUAGGGGGAAGAGAAAAUGCAACAUUGUCAAAAAUAAAACUUCCUAUGAAAACAAGAAACCGAAUAAAUCAUCUGUAGAUUCUAAAACACGUUCUACUGAAUCUCGGUGUAAAAGACAUCCAGUCCGGUGUGGUAAAACAAGUCAUAAAAACCAGCAUUCAAAAUCACGGCCGAUCAAAGAAAAUACCAGAAGAAUUACAAAAUCUGGAAAAUAUAUUAAUAGUGGUAACUUAGAGGUUCAGAAUUCUAAAACCCCUUCUCUAAAAAAAACUGCUUCUCAGAACAGUGAAGCAAGAUGGAUUAAAACAUCAAGUGAAAAGCCUUGUGAUACUGACUACAGAAAGAUAGGCAAAAAAUCAGUGGGCACGGAUUCUGCCAAAACUGUCAGAAUUAGGCAAGAACAAUUACCUGUCAAACAAACUAAGAAAGUAUCUCAGAAGGAGACAGUGCAGGACCUUCCAAAGUCACAACAUAGUGUUUCACAUGGGCAUCAAACUAGAAGAUCGCCAAGAUUGCAGCAGUCAUCUGAUGUUUCUACAAUAUCUUUGAGAAGCAGAAAAGUUAAAGAAACACAUGCUUCUGUUACAAAGCAACGUAAUCCGAUGAAAAAGCUGGUACCGCAACUUAAACAUGAAAAGUUGAAACACGUCCAUCAGAAACCAGGAAAGUCUGUGGAAGACAAUGAUCAUCAAACUAAAAGAAGAAAAAUAUCAGAUAAUAAGAAAGCAGGUUGUUUCUCCCCCAAAAAACAUGAAGUGGCUUCUAAAAUCAGUGAUUCAACUACAUCUCAAGAUAAGCCAAGAGAACUGAGAAAUAAUUUUGAAAGUAAUAAAGAAUCUGAAAAGGAAGUUGCCAACACAAUUUCCUGUCCUAUAAAUUCAGCUUGCAGUAUAGUAAGCAAAGCAAAGUCAAAGCACAAAAAUGGAAAAAUCAGUGUAAAAGCAGAUAGAGUUUUGCCAGUAGAACCUAUUUGCCAACAAGAGGAUGUGGUAAAAUCCAAAAAGAUUAGCAUUCUUGAACUGUGUGAAGAAAUUGCAGGCGAAAUUGAAUCGGACACAGUAGAGGUAAAAAGAAUUUCUACUAAUCCUGACUAUGGAAAAGAGGUGGAAAAAAAUCCAGUGCUGGAAUUGCCACAGGACAUAGUAUUAAAUGAUGAGAAAACUAACCAGAACUCUCAAUGUAAGCGAUUUUUUCCCAGCAAAAAAGGGAUGUCUGUAAAAUGUACUGUAAAUGGCAGACAUAGCACAGUGAACAAAAGUUCUAAGUGGACCAAAAUAAAAUUAACUAAGGUCAAUCAUGUGAGCCAUAGUAUCUCAAGUAUUCCAAAGCUUGAUGUUUUAAAAUGUAAUAAUCCUGAGGAACAACAAGCAAGAACUGUAGAAAUACACCUUCCAGAAGUUCCAAGGAAUUUUUUUGGAAACAAUGAUAGCACAAUAUGUGAACAGAAGUUAAGUACAUCUGAUUUUGAAGGAAUCCAUAUUAAAGAUAGAAUGCUACAUGCUGAACAGUCCACUGUACAGAAGAUAGAGAAUGGUUUGUCUGAGGCAAAACAUUGUCCUGGGCCAACACCAGAUAAGAGUUUCAAUUCAGAGUUCACUACACCACCAGAAAAUACUUCAGUGAAAAUAAUUUCAGAACAAGCAUCAGUAAUGAAACAAGUAAAAAGAGAGACAACAGAAAUCAAACUUCAAGAUCCAGUUGGUAAACAGUUGGUUCAGAUUCCUGAUAAUAAAACCUCUGAGAUAAAUGAGAGCAGGGCAUCUGUGCCAAAGACUCCAUUAACAACAAAAUGUGGCUUUCUUACAUCUGAAGAACAUAUUCAAAAAUUAAAAGAAGCUGCAAAAGAUGGCGAUAAACAGCUAAUCAUAGAUGCAGGACAAAAACGGUUUGGAGCUAUUUCCUGUAAUAUUUGUGGAAUGCUUUAUACAGCUUCAAAUCCUGAGGAUGAAACCCAGCAUCUGCUCUUUCAUAACCAGUUUAUAAGUGCAGUAAAAUAUGUGGGGUGGAAAAAAGAGAGAAUUUUGUCUGAGUAUCCUGAUGGUAAGAUUAUAAUGGUUCUUCCUGAUGAUCCAAAGUAUGCACUGAGAAAGGUUGAUGAGAUCAGAGAGAUGGUUGAUAAUGAUCUGGGAUUCCAACAAGCUCCUCUAACAUGCUCCAGAACUAAGACUCUAUUAUUUAUUUCUAAUGAUAAAAAAGUAAUUGGCUGCUUAAUUGCAGAACAUAUUCAAUGGGGGUAUAGAGUUAUUGAAGAAAAGAUUCCAGAUAUUAGUUCAGAAAACGAUAAGCUCACUUUUGAAAGGCAAAAGGCCUGGUGCUGCUCAACAACUCCUGAGCCAGCCAUCUGUGGCAUUAGUCGCAUUUGGGUGUUCAGCAUGAUGCGACGGAAGAAAAUUGCUUCUCGGAUGUUAGAAUGCUUGAGAAACAAUUUUAUAUAUGGCUCAUAUUUAAGUAAAGAAGAAAUUGCUUUUUCUGACCCUACUCCGGAUGGAAAAUUGUUUGCAACACAGUAUUUUGGGACUAGUCAAUUUUUGGUAUAUAAUUUUCUCAGUGGACAACAGCCUCAAAGUGGUAACCUUUAUAAUAAAAGGUAAUGAGAAAUCAUUAACUCUGUUGCUUGAUGUUGACCAACAGAUUUGGACUUUUAUUAGCAGUGAACUCAGGAGUAGUAACAACCAAAAAGAUGAUGGUUGUAUUUUAUUAAAACUGUAAAUAGCACAGGUAGAAUAAUUUUGAUAUUUUUAUAAAAAAUAUGUAUUAUCUCUAGUACACUAGCCAUGUUUACAUGCAGCAAAUAAUUUGUUCAUAGUGGACUGUCAAUUAGUGCAAGAACUAUGGUCGCCUUUUAAGUAUAUUUUGAAGUUCACAAUGUAAUAGUAUACCUAAGGCAAGGAGAAAGUCCGUCUGUAUUUGGUAGAGGUGUGUAUCUGAGAAUCUCCAUAGAAAUUUCGACUGAGAAUUUCCAUAGAGAUUUAGAGGUACGAAAGUAUUCUGUAUUCAAGAUGAAUAAAAACUAGGGUCUAAUCGAAGUGUAUAAUUGGCUCACUAUAUAUGUUGAAUGGAAAUAAUAGUUUAAAAAGAAAGAUACUAGCUUCUUUUGAAAAGUAUGCCUCCAACUAUACUUUAGCAAUAGCAAAUUGGGUAUAUACUUUGUGGACUUCACUUGGUACUUUAGCCUAAACCCCUCUUAUUUCAGAGGGUACAUAUAAUGAAAAACUACUGUGGCCUUUCUUGACAUGUAUAUAAUGUAGAUUUUAAAAAGAAAACAUUUGAUAACUUUUAAAUAAUCUACUAAUGAUAAAUGUAUUUAAGCAAUGUCUUUGAUAUUAUUGACUAUUAAAAGUUGAUUGAAACACUG